CUACCUAAAUUCAUCCGUUAGUUGUCAGCAUGAAACACAAGUGUGCAAAGAAGAAGUAUAUGGAAACAUUGUUGACGUGUUGAAUUGCCGAAAAAUUUGUGAGAAAAUGUUUAAUUUUGAAACCCAUAUGGAUUUUGUCGGUCAGCAAAAGGCUGAAAAAUAUUCACGGUUUAUUAUAACCCUGUUCGGUGUUGUUGGACUUAUCUGGGGUGUGAUCAUACAGCAAUUUUCACAAACUGUCUACAUAUUAGGGGCUGGAUUUGUUUUAGCGUCCCUGCUCACUAUACCCCCUUGGCCGAUAUAUAGGCGUCAUCCUUUGAACUGGCAAAAGCCGAAACCAGAACACGCAUCAUUAAGUAAUAGCAGUCAUGAAGAAAGCAAGCAAAAGAAGAAAAAAUAAUAAUUUUCCAGCAUUCCACCCAUUGUUUUAAGUAUUCAGUUUCCGCAAGUAAAUGAAUAAAAAGCACUAAAAUUCUA